UCCGGCUAAAACAUGGUGCGUACCCUCUGACUGAAGCCGGAGACAGUUACAGAUACUCCACGAUUAGAAUCAGAACAAACAAUGUGGUGAGUUAGUUUAACAAGUAAUAUAGUUGAUUAAUGUACGUUCUUUAAAAAAAAAAAAAAAAAAAUUCCGUUUGAGACGACCUUUCACCUUACAUCCCAUGUGAAGACAAAAUGGCCGCGUACGUGUUGAACAUAUCCAGGAUAUUUUCUCGUGAAUUAAUUUCAGCUUCAUUCCAGUUUCAUCGAUAUCGGUCCUGCCUGCAGAGGCUGCCUGCGGUGAAGCCGCCUCCCCUCUCUGCUCUCUUCACACACCAGUUCGGGAGUUCAGCAGCAUGUUGGCAGGAGGCUGAGGUCCAGGCGGCACAGACUGCAGAUCGGUACAAACAAAGACCCUGGGAUUACCUGGACAGCGAAGAGUAUGUUGAGCGGUACGGCAGCAGUGCGGUGUGGGCAGGCUACAGGAGGAACCACAAGGGAGGCAUCCCGCCCCAGAAGACACGCAAGACUUGCAUUAGAGGAGACAAGAUAUGUGGGAACCCCUGUCCAAUUUGUAGAGAUCCUAACAUUAUCGUCCACCAUCAGAAUGUGAAAUUACUCCAGCAGUUUAUCAGCCCACACACUGGAAUGGUGUAUGAUCCCACUCUGACUGGUGUGUGUAUGAAACAACAGAAAAAGCUGAAUGAAGCCAUCAACAAAGCAAGAGAUGACGGUUUACUUCCUUUUCAGAUUCCACAUGUGGAUUUUUCAGGAGAGGAUUACUCCAACACUCAUGAUGCUGUUGGGCUCACAUCACCUCCACCAUUCCUCAGCCCUAGUGAACCCUGGUAUAAAUGGUAUGGAGAAAUAUCGCCUGAUGAUAAGAAAGUGGAUCAAGUCAAGAAGAUAUACAAGGCUUAUUUAAAACACUAGUCGUGAAAAAUGCUUAAAAUCUCCCAUAGACUUCAACAUGCCUGAACAUUCUACUGACUUUCACAACUUUUAAAUAAAUAAAAUGACAAAAAUGCAA